UCCAUUGUUACCACAAGUGGUACUUACACUUUUCCCAAAUUGUAAGCUUAGUUGCUUAAUCCGCCAGCACAAUGAAAACAUUCCUAUUUGUUCUCCUUGUUUUGACCUCCGUUUUCGCUCGCAAGGGCUUUGGCCCGACGGAGCAAGAAUGGGGCUUCGUCCAGGUCCGAGCCGGGGCUAAAAUGUUCUGGUGGUUGCAACAAACCAGCGCCAAUGUAACAAAUUACACCGAACGUCCGCUCGUUAUCUGGCUACAAGGAGGUCCCGGAUCCUCGUCCACAGGAUAUGGAAAUUUUGCCGAGCUUGGGCCUCUAGACGCUGAUUUAAAUCCGCGAAACACGACCUGGAUUAACGAAUAUAACGUGCUUUUCGUCGAUAAUCCCGUCGGGACGGGUUUCAGUAAAGUGGACGAUCCCAAAUAUUUCGCUACUAAUAAUGUGCAGAUCGCGUCCGAUUUUGUUGUUUUCUUGCAAGGCUUUUACAAGGCUGUGCCCGACUUGAAGAAAACUCCGUUGUAUAUUUUUUCGGAGUCGUAUGGCGGGAAAAUGACCGCGGAAAUUGCACUCGAAGUAGAUGCGGCGAUCAAAAGUGGUUUAUUGGAUGUUGACUUAAUUGGGGUUGGACUUGGUGAUUCGUGGAUUUCGCCAGUUGAUUCAGUCUUAACUUGGGCCCCUUAUUUACUAACUGUGGGCGCCAUUGAUCAAAAUCAGUACGAACGGCUGCAAGAAACAGCCGAAGAUGCGAAAAAAGCCAUUGAUGACGGUAAAUAUGGAGAAGCCACUGAUCUUUUCCAUCAAGGUCUGAUGCUUAUUGAAAUAUCAACCGCAAGUAUCGACGUUUAUAAUAUUUUAACCAGAGUGUCGUCCGAAUGGAAUUUCAAAAAUAAAUUAAUAAAGUCAGUAAAUGACGAUGUUGAUGAUAAAAUUUCGGUUAUAAUGAAUAAUCAAGUGAAGGAAGCUUUAGGUCUUGAUGUUAAUUGGGGAGACCAAUCAGAUGGCGUCAAUAGUGCUUUGCACGUAGAUUUCAUGAAACCAGUCAUUGAUGCUGUUGAAAGUCUGUUAAAUAAUACCAAUAUUCAAGUGGCUAUUUACAACGGCCAAUUGGACCUAAUUGUAGACACGCCAGGACAAAUGCAAUGGUUGGACAAUUUGCAGUUUAGUGGUUCCAAAGACUGGAAAACUGCUGAACGCAAAACUAUUGCAGUAAAUGACAUUGUUGAAGGUUACUACAAAAAAGUGGGAAAUCUUGCAAUGUAUUGGGUUGAUAGGGCAGGUCAUAUGGUGCCAAGAGAUAAUCCAGCCGCAAUGAGCUUUAUUCUGCAAGACAUGACCAAAAAACUGCUCGAAAAUGACUAUUUUGAGCACAAUAUCUGUACAAAUACCGCUUACGUCGCCUAUCGUCUCAAGUACCUUUCAAGACCGUUUAUAUUGUAUUACUUAUCAAAAAAUCGGUCCACUUUUGUUCGAAUUCCACCGAAAAUGAAACCGCUAAUCAUCGUCCUCCUUGCAAUAACAGCCACUUUGGCCCGGAAAGGCUUCGGCCCCACUGACCAAGAAUGGGGCUUUGUCGAUGUGCGCGAAGGCGCCCAUAUGUUUUGGUGGUUACACAAAACGGCUGCUAAUGUUGACAAAUAUACGGACAAACCACUGGUUGUCUGGCUACAAGGAGGUCCUGGAGCUUCGUCCACAGGUUAUGGAAAUUUCGGCGAACUUGGGCCUCUAGACGCUGAUUUGAAUCCGCGAAAUACGACGUGGAUUAACGAUUACAACGUCCUGUUUGUCGAUAAUCCGGUCGGGACAGGGUAUAGCUACGUGAACGAUUCGAAAUAUUUCGCCACCAAUAACAGCCAAAUUGCGAGCGAUUUUGUUACGCUAUUGAAAGGGUUUUACGAGGCUGUGCCUGAUUUGAAGCAAACUCCUUUGCAUAUUUUUUCGGAGUCGUACGGUGGGAAAAUGACGGCGGAAAUUGGGUUACAAAUUUAUCUGGCCACUAAAAGUGGCGAUUUAGACUGUCAUUUGGUAAGUGUAGGUCUUGGAGACUCGUGGAUUUCUCCAAUUGAUUCCGUCUUGACUUGGGGUCCUUAUUUACUCACUGUGGGUGCGGUUGACCAAAAUCAAUACGAACAAGUACAGGCCAAAGCCGAAGAAACUAAAGCAGCCCUCGAAGCUGGUAAAUUUUCGGAAGCUACUAAUUUGUGGGGCCAGGCUGAACAAGUCAUUGAGACUGUUACUGCCGGCAUUGAUUUUUAUAAUAUCUUGAAGAAAAUUACCGCCAGUUGGGUUAAAAAAGAAAAAGCACUGCCUGGCUUAAAAGACGAUGAUGUGGAUACAAAAAUAGCAAUUUUGAUGAAUAACGACGUGAAAAAAGCUUUAGGACUUGAAGUUGACUGGGGUUUUCAAGCAGGGGCAGUUUUUGAUGCUUUGUACGAAGAUUUCAUGAAACCAGUCACCAAUAUUGUUGAACGUUUGUUAAACGAGACCGAUGUUCGCGUCGCUGUUUAUAACGGACAGUUGGAUUUAAUUGUGGACACGCCUGGGACAACCCAAUGGGUCGAUAAGCUGCAAUUUCCAGGUUCGGACGAAUGGAAAACGGCGAGUAAAUUGGCAAUAAAAGUGGAUAAAAUUGUAGAAGGUUAUUACAAGAAUUUGGGAAAUUUGACCAUGUUUUGGGUGGACAGAGCCGGCCACAUGGUGCCUGCUGAUAAUCCGGCUGCUAUGAGCUACAUUUUGCAAUAUAUGACCAAAAAUGUGUAAUAAAUAAUAAAUAAAUUGUUUUCGUCAAUCGGA